AUGGCCCAGUGCCCGCUGCUGCUGCCGCUGCUGCUGCUGCCGCCGCUGCUGGCCGCCGACAGUCCGGCCGCGGACCCCGCCUGGGCGGUGCCUCCGCGGGCAGCCCCGGCGCGCCUGAAGUUGUGCGGCCGAGAGUUCGUGCGCGCCGUUAUCUUCUCCUGCGGGGGCUCCCGCUGGCGCCGAGCCGGCCAGGGCAACGCCUUCCCAGACUCAAACUUCAAUGCGGAUGACAGCCUGGACGUCGCCUCCAGCGAGUGGCUCUCCUUCACCCUGGCCAAGGACCCCCAGGACCCCUACAGGGGUCAGCGCGGCUGGCAGGGGGCCCCUGGGGUCCCGCGGGUCACCCGGGAUAUCCCAACUGGGCUUUCCAGCUACUGUUGCAAACUGGGGUGCAGCAAAACUGAGAUCAGCAGACUCUGCUAGAGGGGGACCCCCCU